AAACAAAAAAACACUGGAAGUAACUGGACAUGUUACAACAUAAAAUAAAGAUGCAGAUACGAUAGUAUUGACUUUAAACUAUAUCGCUUUAUUAAACACACAUAUAUUAACAUAAUGUUUGUAAAUACUCAGAUGUGGUUUUUUGUUUUGAUUUUACACGUUUUGGGGCAAGCUGUGUUUGCAAAAGACAGCAAAAAGUUCAACAUUUUGUAUCUACUUGCUGAUGAUUUGAGACCAACUUUAGGCUGCUAUUCUGAUCCAGUGGUCAAGUCUCCAAACAUCGACCAGCUUGCAUCUGUGAGCUCGGUGUUUCAUAACGCCUAUGCCCAGCAAGCUGUUUGUGGACCUAGUAGGGUGUCUUUCCUAACAAGUCGAAGACCAGACACAACAAAGCUGUAUGAUUUCAACUCAUACUGGAGAGUUCAUGCAGGGAACUACACUACACUCCCUCAGUACUUCAAGUCUAAUGGAUACACCACUUUAUCAGUGGGAAAAGUCUUCCAUCCUGGCAUUGCCUCCAACCACUCGGAUGAUUACCCGUACAGCUGGUCUGUACCGCCGUAUCAUCCACCCUCUUUUAAAUAUGAAAAGAGGAAGGUUUGCAAAGACAAAGAUGGCACACUGCACAGUAAUUUACUGUGUCCCGUGGAUGUGUCCGAGAUGCCUUUAGGAACCCUUCCUGACAUUGAGAAUGCAGCAGAGGCCGUACGACUCCUAGACUCCAUGAAGGACUCCCAGAAUCCAUUCUUCCUGGCUGUUGGCUUCUAUAAACCUCACAUUCCUUUCCGAAUCCCACGGGAGUACCUAAAGCUCUAUCCUAUUGAGAAUAUGACUCUGGCUCCAGACCCAGAUGUUCCUAAGAAACUUCCUGAUGUGGCCUACAACCCCUGGACUGACAUCCGCAAGAGGGAAGAUGUUCAGGCGUUAAAUCUGAGCUUUCCUUACGGCCCCAUUCCUAAAGAUUUCCAGCUGCAGAUCCGACAGCACUACUUUGCCUCGGUGUCAUAUGUGGAUGCUCAGGUGGGAACAAUUCUGCAAGCCCUCGAUGAUUUCGGCCUCGCCAAGAACACUAUUGUGGUGUUUAGCUCCGAUCACGGUUGGUCAUUAGGCGAACACGGCGAGUGGGCCAAAUACAGCAACUUUGAUGUGGCCACCCGAGUGCCAUUGAUCGUGUACAAGCCAGGUGUGACCUCACCUCUCUCUCGGCCCGGGGAGAAGACGUUCCCCUUCAUCGACGUGUUUCAGGGCACGCGGGAGCAGUUUGGCAAAGGUCAAGGGGUUGAGAGCAUGGUGGAGCUGGUGGAUGUUUUCCCCACACUGUCGAACCUGGCCGGACUGGGUCCCCUGCGCCGCUGUCCCGUGUCAUCCUUUAAGAUGGAGCUGUGCACCGAGGGCGUUAGCCGGACCCGUCUCAUCCCAGAAAGGCGCCCCAACAGAGAAGGCUACUCGUUCAGCCAGUUCCCUCGGCCCUCCGACUCCAUCCAGGAGAACUCUGACCUGCCCGACCUCGCCGAUAUCCGCGUCAUGGGCUACUCCAUCCGCUCCACUGACUACCGCUACACAUUAUGGGUGGGCUUUGACCCGCUCCACUGUCAGCCCAACAUGACGGACAUCCACGCGGGAGAGAUGUACCUCCUGGCUGAAGACCCGGGAGAGGACAAUAACGUGUUUGAGGAGUUCGAUUACGCCACUGUAUUGCACAAGCUUGGCAUGCUGCCGUCAUGGACGGAGAGUUUAAAGCAUCAUGUAAUGUAUCUCAGCAGCGGGUUGAAAUCAAAAGGGAUUAUGUGAUUCUAGUUUCAAAGAAAAGGGAAUGUUUAUGUUACAAAACCUGCCGGGAACAUGUCUGGACAUGCUUCAUCAAAAACUGAAAGACCGAAAAUAAAGCCUAUAUUAUGGGAAUGAAGAUUGUUUUGCUUAUAUUGUCAUGAUAACGAAGUAACUCUCCCACCUAAUAUCAUGAUCAUAAUGCUAAUAACUUUUCAUUCUCAUUACUGUACCAUUUUUAUAAUAAAUUAUAUUUUCACAUUAAAGUAUUUGUGCAUCAUGGAA